AGAAGAGACCAUUUUGUAUUAGAGGAAGCAGUGGAUGUGCUAAGAACGUAGUUCUGAAAUUGAAAGGAGUUAGAGAGAUCUGGGUAAAUUAGGCAAGGAGCUACUAGACUUGCUGAAGGAGGUCACAAACAGACAAUAUAUGGCUGCUUCAUUGGAAUGAACGUUCUCUAACUGCCCAGGGGAGAAAAAAAUGGAUUCGAGAAACAUUCCCUAUCGUUCAGAGGUGAUUACAUGGAAUCCAGAUGACUUAGCAGAAUAUUUCAAGACGUUAAGGUAUAAGGACUGUGAGAAAGUUGUGAGAAAGCACAGUAUAAAUGGACAGAGGUUUUUGAACAUGUCUGAAAAUGAUAUCCAGAAAUUUCCCAAACUCCGAGUGCCCAUUCUGAGUAAACUAAGUCAAGAUAUAAACCGAAAUGAAGGAAGGAUCUCUUUCUUCUCAAAAUGGGGCCAAACACAAAAGUGUCCUGAAAACUCAGGAUACGGUCAAGAAGAUGAUGGCUGGUCUUCAUUUGAUGAUCAGGAUGAAGAUGACGACUAUGAAAGCCCUGAUGAUGACCAGGAAAAGGAAGACGAGGCUGACUAUGAAUCACCAACGGAAGAAACUGAGGAAGCAGAACAUGACAGUGAUGGCUAUGAGCCACCUCCAUCCAGUAAUGAUGAAGCACACCACAAUGUCAUAUUUCCUGCCAAGUCACUUGCGAACAGCACAGACUAUAUAGACAGGCCUCCAACAGCCAGAUCAUCACAUCAGCCUCCACUACCACCCCAGCGGCCUGGCCCAAGCCCAUCACCAGCCUCAUUUGGGGGAAGAGGUGCUUCUCUGCCAGCCUUCCCUCCUCUGCCAAGCAACAAUGACAGAAGUGUUAAGCCUUUGAAACCCCCAGCUCCUUCUAUAGACAGAAGCACAAAACCCUCACUGGAUCGCCUUGCUCCACCAUUUGAAAGAGAAAGCCCACUACCAGGGAGGAAGCCAAGCCAUCCUGAGAAGCUUCUAACUCCACAGCUAAGAGCCCUGGGAGAACAACUAGCAAUGAUGCCAAAACCUCCUGUACCACCAAGUGAUAGAUACGAAAGAGGAAAUCCAUCUCCUCUAAGGAAGCAAAUCCCUGCAAAGCAGGGCUGGGCACAACAGAAAAGACCUGAAGAAGAAGACAACCAUAUACCCCAAAGAGCAGUGCCACAGAUAUCUUUGCCCCCACACAGCUCCAAUACAUUCCCAUCAAAAUCUAUCAAGCCCCUGCCUAAGCCAGGAUCCAACAGUAUGCCUGGUGCUGAAAGUGCUAGAAGCCUGUCUGCAAGUGGCUCACUACCACCUCGCUUUCCCCUGGGCAACAACAGCAGAUCUCCUUCAAGAGGCACAGCUGAUUUGAGACCUCCAUUGCCCAUUCCUAGCAGGCAGACUGCUCACCAGACAAACACAGAUGAAGAUGAGGAUUCACUAAAUGACGAAUGGUAUGUCGCUUAUGUUAGCCGGCCAGAAGCAGAGGCAGCUCUUCGAAAAAUAAACAAGGAUGGAACUUUCUUAGUAAGAGACAGCUCAAGAAAAACUACCACUCAUCCAUACGUACUGAUGGUGUUGUACAAGGAUAAAGUGUACAAUAUCCAGAUUCGUUACCAGGAGCAAGAUCAGACAUAUUUGUUAGGAACUGGCUUAAAAGGAAAAGAGGAUUUUUCCUCUGUAGCACAUAUCAUCGAUUACUUCCAAAGAACGCCCCUUCUUCUGAUUGAUGGAAAAGACAGGGGUUCAAGAAACCAGUGCAUGUUAAAAUAUGCUGCAGGAAAUAUUAAAUGAGACCUAAAUGAAGAUGACAUACAGGAUCAAAGUCUACCAAAAUCCAUAAACCUCAGGAUACUUCAUUUUUCAGUGAACUAAAAUCAUGAAGAAGUCAUUAAAAAUACUUUCAAUUUUAACGAAAAAGGACCAUGAUUUCAUUUUUAAUGAAGUACUCAAUAAAUCAGGUUUUCCUACAGUGUAUUUACCUACUAUACACUAAUCAUAGAGUACCAUGAGUAUUCCUCACAUAAAGAAUACUAUCUUCUAACAAACACAUAUUAUCCUAUAAUGAUUUCUGCACAAUAUCAGAGGACCCAUGAAAUAUAUACCAAUGCAGCUCACUACUUUCAUAGGAGAAAAGAAAAAAGCAACCUGUUUUUCAGAUCAGAACUGCAACAGUAGAAAUAUAACCUAAAGUGGCGCACACAAAUGAAUCAAAACAAAGUUGAGCAGCAGACAUUCUUUUUUUCUGUUUCUGCAACCCACUUCCUAACACAUAUAACUACGGAGAUUUCUGAGCAAAUAUCAGCACCCCAACCAAGACCCUAAAGACAUCACCUUUCAGCAACACAAAAAUAUCCCCUGGAUAUUUAACUGCCUGUCAAGGUCUGUCUGUGUGACUCAGCUCUGAAGCUGCCUUUGUGCACAGCUCUCCAGAUGAAUAAAAUAUCUACAGAUACAAUCCUUUGCCUGCCAUACAACUGAUGAGUUACCGAUGGUACAUUUUCACCCACUAAUUGGAAGUAUGUAUUCCCCAAGGCCUUCUAACUUCACUCAGGAACGAGAACAUCUUUGCCCACAAAUGUGAAGCGCCUUCUACGUGAUCCUCUAACCUCACACAGGAACAAGCUUUUCUCUGUUAGCACCAACUCCUCUUCAACUACAUCUCUAAGCCCAAAAUAAGCCGCCACUCUUUUAUAGAAGACACAUCAACAAGACAAUCAUCUUAUGAUUCUUAGUUGGAAGAUCUCACCCAAAUUUCUUAGAAAGCAGGAGGAGAAACUUGAUUCCUCUUAUACAACUACUCGCUGGGUUUCUUUUUUGUGCUUUUUUUUUUUUUUUCCAAGAAAAAAUAAUAAUCACUUUCUCAGUUCUCAAAGAAAAGCUGCAACUUUGGACCACUGAAGAAUACUGUAGGAAAAGUUAUUUCCCCAUCCCUUCGUAAAGUGGAAUUCACCCAAUUAUUUCUGCCCAGGUUUUCUAAGAACUUCAGUCUUCUGCCAAGGUCUUGGUUUAAGAAUUGCCUUGGACUGGGUUACACAUUUUCCCUUUUAAAGUCAAUUGUGCAUUGAACAACAACUCAAAGGAGGAUAUCAUCUUCCAUGCAGUUUACAUAGAUUCUCAGAAGAAAACAACCAGAUUUCAUAUGGAGUUACAAUGUUAAAUAUACAUGCUUUGUAAACGUCGUCUGCAUUUCCAAUAUAUUUGGGAAUUCAAAGUUAGAGAAUUUCAUUUCUGUGCAACUAUGAGUAAAAUAUAUUUAAGUACACAUUAAAAAACAUCUCUUGUCUGGUCUUCUGAAAGAAAAGGCAGCCAAAAAUGCUAAAGUUAUCAUCAGUUCCUCAGUAUUGCCAAUGACUGUAUGAGCUGGAAGUUGUAGUUCUAUUACACUGCCUUAAGAAUUCUGAUAACCCAGAAAUGCCUUCUAUGGAAUCGUUUCAUUUGUUUUAAAUCAUCUCAUUAGAGAACAAGCUUUAAAAACUAAACCAAUGUAACAAAUUGUAGUUCUGAAUACUUUUUUUUCCCCAGCAAAGUCAGUCUGGAUUUGAUUAUUCAAAUAAAUAUGUUGUGUAUGAUUAAAAACAUA